UCGAAUCCUCACUCCCCCGAGUCGCGGCUUGCCCUCGCUCCCUCUAGUGAUUCCUCCAUCUCUUCGGACGCCGUCAGCAACCCCGCACCUCUCUCCCUCACUGCCGACGCUGACAGGCUUCACAGUUUCAAUUUGUUUGGCUAAGCAUCAAAGGUCCAUCCUGCAUUUGUCGAAGUCAAGCAUUGCAGUUAUCUUUUGUUCAUCAAAGCUGAACCUAUAUCUGCUAAAGCGGAAGCGUUGAGCUUUUUUGUUGCAACCCGAACAGGAGUCAACCUGUUCAUUGAAGGCAACAAUGGUCAUUCCACCCCCAGUUAGGCCAGCACCAGUGACCAAGUUCCUCAAGCCAUAUGUACUCCGGAUGCAUUUCUCCAAUAAAUAUGUCAGUGCACAGGUUAUCCACACCCCUACCGCCACCGUGGCUGCCUCUGCAAGCUCGCAGGAGAAGCUGCUUCAACCAAACAUGGAGUCGACCAGGGACGUGGCAGCUGCAGCUAAGAUCGGUAAGAUCCUCGGGGAAAGACUUCUGUUCCGGAACAUUCCAGCAGUCGCCAUUUUCCUGAAGAGAGAACAGAAGUACCAUGGCAAGGUUAAGGCUAUCAUUGAUUCUGUGAGAGAUGCUGGUGUGAAGCUGCUUUGAGAUUCAGAAUCCCCUUUCUUUUUAAUUAGUUAAAUUUGUGUAAUUAUACAAUAUAUUUUUUUCUAUUGUUGGAGAACUGUUUCAAGAACUUGAGUGA